CUUAUUGGUAGGUCAUCUAGAAAUUUCACGGCGAAAGAUGAGCCAUCAUCGAACUUUCGCCGGAGACCUUCUGUCAAGUGUCUUCCCAGCAGUACGACGCGAUAUUCGAGAUGUUGCUACAAAGACGAGAGGACGAUCGAGCGAAGAAUAAUUGCCAAGUAAGCGCGAUAAAAGGAGCUGAAAAAGCACGUAAUUUCAUCGAGCCAAGCUAAAUCUGCGCGCAUGAGCACAACUACGUCAGUCGCGUCAGCGAACAAAACAAGCAAUAGAUUUUGGAGCAGCCGCUACGCUCGUCAUGAGGUUAGGGUAGAGCGCCGCUUAUACCUGCUGGCGGAUGCCUGGAGGAGGGAGGAAUAAUCUCGCGGAGCUGCCGAAGCCAACUGGUCGUCCGUCGUUGCCAUCGUCGUCAUUCGUGUUGCGGCAGUGACAAAGUGAGCAGGACAGCAAGUUCGUCUCCCGUCAGUGUCGCGCAGCACUGUGCCGGCGAGUAGUGGGUGUGUGAGGAUCUCGUUGGUCACUUCUCUCAGGGAGAAGAAAAACAGCGUUCAAGCUUCAGUUCACAGCAAGCAUCAGUCAUGGGCAAAUAUGCAUGGGUCACGUUGACUACAAACGAUGCCUACUCUCUGGGAGCUUUGGUCCUGGCGCACUCUCUACAUCGGGUCGACACCAAGCACGAGCUGGUCUGCAUGGUCACUCCUGGAGUGACGGCGACGAUGAGAGAAAAAUUAUCGGCAGUAUUCUCUUUGGUACUGGAAGUCAACGUUCUCGACUCGAAGGACGAGGUGAAUCUAGCUCUGCUCGCUAGACCGGAACUGGGCGUCACCUUCACCAAGCUGCACUGCUGGAAGUUAACGCAAUAUGAGAAAUGUGUGUUCCUCGACGCAGACGUGCUUGUCGUACGAAAUUGUGAUGAGUUGUUCGAACGCGAGGAGCUAUCAGCCGCGCCGGAUGUCAGCUGGCCUGACUGCUUUAACUCCGGAGUAUUCGUCUUCAGACCGUCUCACCAAACGUUCUCGUCACUCAUUUCGUUGGCCGCAGCCAAGGGUUCAUUUGAUGGCGGGGAUCAAGGCUUGCUGAACAUGUACUUCAGCGAUUGGGCUACCAAAGACAUCUCCAAGCAUUUACCGUACAUCUAUAAUAUGUGCUCUGUCGCGACCUACUGCUAUCUUCCCGCAUUUAAGCAAUUCGGCGAUGAAGUAAGGAUAGUACACUUCAUCGGCAUAACAAAACCGUGGUUACAGUACUUCGACACGCUGUCCGGUGUCGUCCAACCACCGGCAGGUUCUGGCUACUUGCAACCGCUGUUGCAACUCUGGUGGGACAUAUUCUGCGAGCGAGUGCAUCCUCAGUUGUCUACCUCUAUGGUUGCCACCAGAAUACCGGGUGUAAUGUUGCCCGACAUCUCUCCCAAGCCUUACAUUCCCGCUCCCGCACCCUUUGUACCUCUCAACGUAAGCCAGCAAGACGAAUACAGCAACGUUUCUCAGCAAGCGCCAGAUUUCUCCGAGUUUAAAGAUCCCUGGGAAGAUUAUUCAUACUACGGUACGUUGCAUCAGUCGCAUGACGAGCGUGUCGUGUUCACUAACGAGAACGUGACUGAUUCCUACGAAGCUGACCAAUCGUUGUCGCGAACAUCAAGUCGCAGUUAUAAACAGGAGGAGAAUGUUUCUUGGCAAGCCGACCACAACGAGCGUCGGUCUGAGCUUGAGUGCAAUCAGCGUGAUCACAUUACACACAGUGAACAUUAUCAACAUGUGGUUCCUCAUUCGGAAGACAACAACCAGCAUAGUCAGCAUUUCGCUCAACAUACUACGCAUCAUCACUGGCAACGUAACGAACAUGAACAUCAUCACCGUGAACAGCAGCAACAUAAUGUACAAAGACACCAUCGUGAGCAAUUUCAUGAGGAGAAAAGACGAUUCAUCGAGCAACAUCAGCACUAUGAGCAACUUCAACAGGACAAUCAUCACAAGGUCAACGACGAAACGAUUCAUUACUCUACUCAACAUCAGCCGGCACACGAACAUUACGUUCACCAGAGGCAAUCGCAUCCCAUCGAAGUGAAACAUGAAAAUCAUGCGCAACAUGGCACUAGUGACAAUAAGGAAGUCAGUCAUCAAAAUGUAAACUAUCAUCAGUUCCAUGCUCAACAUAGCUCCGAAAGUAGUAAAAGUACGAGUAAUGAACGGUCGUUGGAAGCUACGGAUAAGCACACGAACGAACCGAGAAUUGAUUCCUGUCCUCUCCCUCCCGCACCUAACAGCGAUCUCCACAAUAUAGCCGCUCAAACUGAUCCGAGCGCAGCCAACCAUGCAGGUAUUGCCGGUGCUCUGGCUCAAUUGACUCUCGGCGCGGCCAGAAGCGAGCAACAGAUAGCUCUGGAAGAACAAAUGAGGAAGCAGAGCUGGGAACAAGGACAGAUUGAUUACAUGGGUCAAGAUAGCUUCGAGAAUAUAUGGAAAAAGAUCUGCGAGACAGUCUCCCAGGCACCGCCACGGCAACCAACUCCACCCAAAGAGACUAAGUCUAAAGAUGAAGGGAUCUCCAUCAUCGCUGCGCCCGUUGUAACUGCAGAUAUCGUUGGACAAAAAACGCCAGCUGUUGAGACGGGCAAGGAUUCGACGCAAGAGCAAUCUCAAACAUGUAAACUACCCGAGGAGAAGCUUCCAGCUCAAGCCGUUCCCGCUGAGACUCCUGAUGGAAAUGUCAUCGUCGCGCAACCUCCCGAACAGAAGACACCUGCGUUGCCUGCUGAAAAGAGCGUCACGGUGGAAGCUGCUGCGACGAAAGUAUCCGGUGAGUCGGUACAAGCUACGACGGAGGACACUUGUGUGAAGCCGCCAACGCAGGAAUCUCAGGACGUGAAGCCGCCAACGCAGGAAUCUCAGGACGUGAAGCUGCCAACGCAAGAAUCGCAGGUCGUGAAGCCGCCAACGCAGGAAUCGCAGGACGUGAAGCCGCCAACGCAGGAAUCGCAGGACGUGAAGCCGCCAACACAGGAAUCGCAGGACGUGAAACCGUGCGAGACGUGUACCGAAGUGUCUUCUCCGAAAUCGCCUAUAGAAUCGCCAUCGGAACCGAUCGCAGAGCAAUGCAAGCUUGCGAGCCCGACAACACAGGAAGCUGCGUCUCAAGAUAAAAGCGCAAGCGUCCAAUUGCCUGCAGAAAGUGCACCAUCAGCAGAACCGCAAGCGCCCGUGUGCCUCUUGGCAGAUACAGUCUGCAAGCUUCCAGAAGCAGUUGCACCCGUCGCGCAAGCCGUAAGUGCAGCAACGCCUACCGACGAUAAGUCACAGGUCCCAGCUCCUAUUACGCCAGAUACAACACAGCUUGCGGCUAUUCCGAUCAGCACUAGUAGUCCGCAGGACAUCAUUGCUCCCGCUGUAGCACCGAGCGAGACAUCGCCUCAAGACACCGCGAAACCCACGACUGAAUGCGCGACCGACGUAACGCAGCCUUUGACAAUAGACCCGAGCGAGCGUCACGCGGAGAUGCUGUUGGCAGCUUCCGAGAUUUCGACCGUGAGUCCUGUGCCCAUUCAAGUGGCGGAGUCCGUUCUUCAGGCUGAACCUAAGGAAUCCGUGUCGGGCACGGCAGCGACUGCGAGUGAUGAGGCAAUCGCCACGAUUGUCACGGCCGUCACGGACGUUGCUCCCGUCGCAACGGCCGAGCCAAAAGAACAGGCUGUCCAGUUGAACGGGUUGGCGAGCGAUUCUGAGAAGCGCGAUGACGUCGCGGCUGCGGUUCCAAGUCCACCGGAGAAGACUGAUGCUGCCGCUGCGGUUGAACCGGCAAAGGAACCAGCGAGUGACUCGGGCACGAUAAAAGAUGCGCCGUCGGGGGUACAGCCGGUUCCCCAGGAAAAAGUAGAGUCUAUUGUCAGCGCGAUACCUGCAGAGACACCGGCAGCAAAAGUGGAGGAAGUAGCGAAACCCGCGGAACAGGUCCCAGCGGUCACAGGAACGACAGACGCAGCGCCGACGGCGCAGAUCGCGACGUCGGAAGCGAAGGAAACAAAAUCUCUGAAACAGCAGCUAGCGAAAGCGGAAGUUGCAGAGGCGAAACCGCCAGAGCAGAUCGUGAAAACUGAGACGUCCGGAGCGAAGGCGGAAGAAAAACCUGCAGUUCCGGAACAGCCUGUGAAAAUCGAAGCAACCGGAGCGGUGACCCCGAAGCCGGAAGCACCUACGCAAACUGAACUAGCGGAAACGAAACCCACGGAAGCGAAACCUACUGAGCAAGCGACAAAGGCCGAAGUAUCGGCAGCAGAAACAGCGCCAGCCAAGUCAUCGGGUGAAGUUCCAGCGUCACCGAUCGCCGAGAAAGCACAGGAAUCGCCGGCAGAACCUGCUGAGGCGAAAGUACUGACCAUCCCUUCGACGCCAACGGUGAUCGAGGCCACGCCACCGACCAGCCCGUCCGUAGAGAGCGCGCAGGAGACGGCGGAGAGUCAGGAGAAAGCGUCGAAAAAGAGCCUGAAGAAGUCCGAUUCUGCGGACGGUACAGACGGCGAAGGCUCGGACAAGAAAGGGGCGAAAAAGACGGUGAAGAAGGUGACGAAGAAGUUCAAACCAUCGAAGGAGGAGGCAGCCGCGGCAGCUCCAGAAGCAGCUGCUGCCGCCGCCGCUACCGCCGCUGCCGCCGCCACCACCACCAUCACCACCACAACCACAACCACCACCACCACCACUGCUGCUACUGCCGCCACCGGAGACAAUUCGCAGAGCAAAGUGAAGAAGACGGUGAAGGUCACGAAGAAGGCCGGCGCCAAGAGCGGGCAGAGCCUCGAAGCCGAUACGACAGUUCCGGAGACGCCACCGCCUCCAACCACCACCUCUACCACCGCCACCCCUGACGUGCCCGUUCCGCCUAAACGGAAAACGAAGACUACCACCAGCACGAACUCGAAAGGAACGGCCGGAAAAAAAUCUGAGGCUGAAGAGUGAUCGAUCGAUUCGUAUUGACGAUAACGAUCUCGACCGACGCAGAGGGGCUUGGAAGACGUCCGAGGGAAGCUUUCGGGCGUUCGUUGCGUUGGACGGGAAACAUGAUGGAAUCCUACGAACGUUAAUCUUUUCGAGACCUUUCAAGAAGCUUUGUUGUCUGAAGUUGAAACUAACAUGGAAAAUAGCACAUAAAAUGUCACAUGUAGGUGGAGCGAAAUCAGUUGUUUAUUAAUAUAUGUCAUCGUCGUAUUGUAUGAUUAUUGAUUUAUACUACGUCAUGUACAAUGAUAUAUCGUUAUGAAUCUCUGCUAAAUUCAGAAUGCAACAACAACGAACAUUGUCUCGAAAGGGUUAAAGACAAAACGCUGAAAAAAGGAUUACAUUUGCUAGUCUGUUACAGUUUUUUGAUACUUUUAAUAUAUCACAAGAGUUUCUAUUGCCGUUGAGCUUGAUAUGCCGCGCUCGUCGGAGGUAUCGAGCGAUACCGAGUUUAAUCGACAGCACAAUUUGUAAUCCGUAUUUAUACACCGUGUUAAUUGUCCUCCUUUUUUUUUUAAUUAAUUAUAUUCGCACUCCCAAAGCUAAGCCGUAGCACUCGCUUUUGUCGUAGUAAUUCGUUUUUCCGUAAGUAUCGUAUUCUUGUAAUUAUCGUUUUUUUUCUUUUCGCGAGUCGCUGUUAUCCAAGCAGGAUCCACGAACCUCCUCGGACAAUAUAUUGGCAACUGCUUGAGCAACAUGACUUCAACGCGUCUUAGUGCCAUUAUAAUAUUCAACGAGUAUUUUAUACUUUGUUUACUUGCUUUGAUGUGCAAUGGUGAUGCAGCAGAGUGUAUUUCAGAACGGAGGAGAGAGGAAAAAUUAACUGUGAUUGAUCAUAGUCGUAACGUUCUAUCAAUUAUUGUAAAUUCGUAAUUCGUAAAGUCGGUAAAUCGAUAUUAUUGUCGCAUCAUGUCGAGCGCAAAUCGUUUUUGCUCGUUAAUCACGUUUGUAAAAAAAUCUCAUGAAGUUUAUAUUUUAUUUAUAAAUAUAUAUGCGUUAUAUAUGGAGCAAUAUCACAUGCGCAAAAUCUUGUUGUGGCGUACUUAUCUGCAUCGACGAUAUCUGCAUGAACGAAAGUUCGCUAAUAAUAUAAAUUAUAAAAGAUAUAAAUUUGUUAUAAAUUUGUGAAUUUAUCAAGAGCAAUAGAGAGAAGAUUAUAUGCUAUAUUAUUACA